AUGGAAUACACGCUUGCAAUUAUAGGAUGUGGUGUAAUGGGCCAGGCCCUUUUGUCGGCGAUUUACAACGCACCUAAAGCUACUCCUGAGACUGAAAACCUAUACCCUUCCAAGAUAAUCACAUGUAACCACAACGAGGAAUCUACGAAGCAGGUGGUGGAACUGGUCAAGACGUUCAAGAAGUCAGCGAAUGGUGUCGAGGUUGAGAGUACGUACGGAGAAAAUAAUAGGGUGAUAAAAGAGGCCAAAGUCAUCAUUUUGGCGACAAAGCCAUUUCUGGCCAAGCAGGUGCUGGACGGUGUUAAAAGUGAGAUCCAGAAUAAACUGAUCAUUUCAUUGGCUGCCGGUUGGACAAUUGACCAGCUGUGCGAUUACACCCACUAUGUUUCGCGCGUUAUGACCAACACGCCUGCCAAGUACGGAUUUGGAAUGGCUGUGAUCGCUCACUCCUCUUCGGUGAAGCAAGAACAAAAAAAGUUGGUCUCAGAGCUGGUACGCCACAUUGGCAAGUGCAUCGAACUGCCUGAGAAGAACAUGGAUGCUGCGACCUCACUUGUUGGGUCUGGUCCCGCGUACGCGCUGCUGAUGCUCGAGUCCAUGAUGGAGAGCGGAAUCAAGAUGGGUAUCCCGCUCAAGGAGAGCAGGGAGUGCGCGAUCCAGGUUCUGAAGGGCACGGCAAGCAUGCUUGAGAUCACUGGCGAGCAUCCGUCCGUGCUGAAACACCAAGUUUGUACGCCAGGCGGAACGACAAUUGCGGGGCUAUGCACAAUGGAGGAAAACGGCGUUAGAAGCGGCAUUAUUAAGGGUAUUGAAGAAGGUGCUGCCGUUGCUGCUCGCUUGGGCAAGAAGUGA